AUGGCCAACUACCUCGCCUCCAUCUUCGGGACUGAGCAAGAUAAGGUGAACUGCUCGUUCUACUACAAAAUCGGUGCCUGUCGCCACGGUGACCGCUGCUCGCGAAAACACGUCAAGCCAUCAUACUCGCAGACUAUCCUAUUACCCAACCUCUACCAGAACCCGCAAUAUGACCCCAAGAAUAAAAUGAACCCCAGCCAGCUUCAGAACCAUUUCGAUGCCUUCUACGAGGACUUUUGGUGUGAGAUGUGCAAGUAUGGCGAGAUCGAAGAGGUGGUGGUAUGCGAGAAUAAUAAUGAUCAUUUAAUUGGAAACGUAUAUGCGAGAUUCAAAUACGAAGACUCUGCGCAAAAAGCCUGCGAUGCGCUGAACUCCCGCUGCGGCGAAGGAUGUGUUCGAGGCGGAUUCUGCAAUUUCAUUCACCGCAAGGAACCCAGCGACGAGUUGGAUCGGGAAUUGGACCUUUCGACGAAGAAGUGGCUGAGACAGAGAGGUCGAGAUGAGCGGAGCGUGACGCGCAGUCCAAGCCCAGAGCCAACGCGGAAGAGGUUUUAA